AUGACUAACAUUUCCAGUCUCUUAGAGAUUCUAAGUGGUAGGGAAAACGUGGACUAUGUUUUGAUCGUGAUCGUUCUCUCUUCUAUUUUAUGGUAUAUUCGGCUUUACGCCAAAUCCAAACGUCGGUCUCAUCCCUUGCCUCCUGGACCUCGGGGUCUUCCGAUAGUCGGAAACCUCCCGUUUCUCAAACCAGAGCUUCACAGUUACUUCCAAGGGCUGGCUAAAAUACACGGUCCCAUUUUCAAACUAUGGUUCGGCUCCAAGCUAGCCAUUGUGGUCAACUCCUCUGAGGUGGCCCGUGAGAUUCUCAAAACCAAUGACGUCAUUUUUGCUAGCCACGAUGUUCCUUCGGUGGCUCUGAUUAACAUGUACGGCGGUAUUGAUAUCGUUUGGUCACCAUAUGGACCGAGGUGGCGGAUGCUGAGGAAACUAUGUGUUAAUAGGAUACUUAGCAACGCCAGGAUGGAAACAUCUGUUGGCCUUCGUCAAGGAGAGACCAGGAGAACGGUUCGGUAUCUGGCGGAUCGUGCUCGGGCCGGGUCAUCUGUUAACUUGGGAGAACAGAUAUUUUUGAUGAUACUAAAUGUUGUGACGCAGAUGUUGUGGGGAACUACGGUUGGAGAUGAAGAGAGGGAGCUUGUUGGAGCCGAGUUCUCAGAAUUAGUUACACUGAUGAACGACCUCCUGCUGGAGCCCAAUCUAGCUGACUUAUUCACGUUGUUGAGCCCUUUUGAUCUUCAGGGUUUGGCUAAGCGUAUGCGAGGAGCGGCUCAGAGGAUGGACCGGCUAUUUGACCGGGUCAUUAAUCAACGGCUGGAAAUGAAUAAGGGAGGUGAAGGGAAGGGUGAGGAUUUUUUGGAGGUCUUAUUAAAAAUCAAAGAUGAAGAUGAUGAGAAGACAAUUGUCAACAUGGACGAUGUAAAGGCGUUGCUCAUGGACAUGGUGCUCGGUAGUACGGAUACAUCUUUACACGUCAUAGAGUUCGCAAUGGCUGAGCUAUUUAACCAACCACAUAUCAUAAAGAGAGCUCAACAAGAACUUGACGAAGUUGUCGGUAAAUAUAAUAUAGUGGAAGAAUCUCACAUCCCAAAACUUCCAUACAUUCAUGCUAUUAUGAAAGAGUCACUAAGGCUUCACACGGUUGCUCCACUCCUUAUUCCUUACCGCCCAUCUGAAACCACCGUGGUGAAUGGCUUCACUAUCCCUAGAGAUUCAAAGAUGUUCAUUAACGUGUGGGCGAUCCAUAGGAAUCCAGAUGUAUGGGAGAACCCGCUUGAGUUUGACCCAAGCCGGUUUCUUAAUAAAUCUUAUGACUUCAAUGGAAAUGAUUUCAACUAUAUUCCGUUUGGAGCUGGUCGUAGAAUAUGUCCUGGAAUCGCGAUGGGCGAGAGAGUUGUUCUAUACAACAUCGCUACGCUUUUGCAUUCAUUUGACUGGGAACUUCCUCAAGGAGAGAGAGUAGAGGUCGAGGAGAAGUUUGGGAUCACGUUGAAGCUGAAGAGUCCACUUAUAGCAACGCCUGUGCUAAGGUUGACCGACCCAAAUCUUUAUCUCUAG